ACCUUACUUUCGGCUCUCUUCGGUUGUAAAUACAAACACAUCUGUGAUACAAACAUAUUAAUUUAUUCCGUUAUUUGCAUUUCAUAUAACCAUAUUCAACCUUCUUUAUCGAAUACCAUAAUAAAAAAUGCAGCUUUCUUUCAUCUUCGUCUUGAUUUCGUUGAUCGAAUAUUGUUUGUCUGUUGAAUUCGAUCCUCUCGGUUAUAUUUUGUAUUGUCCUUGUAUGGGACGGUUCGGGAAUCAAGCAGAUCAUUUUUUGGGUUCUUUAGGAUUUGCACAUGGUUUAAAUCGAACUUUGGUGCUUCCUCCAUGGGUCGAAUACAGAUAUGGAGAACCUAAAUCGAUUCAAGUGCCCUUCGACACUUAUUUUAAAGUGGAACCUCUGCUAAAAUUUCACAAGGUUAUAACUAUGGAGGAAUUUAUGAAGGAGAUUGCUCCAUACGAAUGGCCUGCAGAUAAAAGAACUUCUUUUUGUUACAUGCAAAGAGGUGGCAACAAUUCAUGUAACGCAAAACAAGGAAAUCCCUUUGGACCAUUCUGGAACACUUUCAAUAUAGAUUUUGUAAAUUCAGUGUUUUACAGUCCUUUACACUAUGACAUUCACAAUGAGAACAUGGCUAAACAGUGGAAAGAGAGGUAUCCACCAAAAACGUGGCCGGUCAUCGCAUUUACAGGUGCUCCAGCCAGUUUCCCGGUGCAGCUCGAAAAUCGCGACCUCCAAAAAUACUUGGAGUGGUCCGAAAACAUCGAAAACGAGACGAAUAAAUUUAUCAAAAAUGUUUUGCCCAAAGGCGCUUUUAUCGGGAUACAUUUAAGGAACGGCAUGGAUUGGGUUCGUGCGUGUGAACACAUUCCAGACAGCCCCGGCUUAUUUUCGGCGGCGCAAUGUGUUGGUUACAGGAACGAAAAGGGGAGAGCCACAAUGGAAAUGUGUUUGCCAUCGAAGGAAACGAUCGUUAGACAAUUAAAACGUUUAAUUAAGUUCAUCAAUAACUCGGUAAAUAAUAAUAACGAUAAGACUAUUAAAUCUGUGUUCGUGGCUUCAGAUAGCAAUUAUAUGUUGGAAGAGCUGAAAGACGGGUUGAAGCGAAUGGGGGUGAAGGUCGUUAAGAGCACAAGUUCAAGUCCACACUUGGAUUUAUCCAUAUUAGGGAGAAGCAAUCAUUUUAUUGGCAACUGUAUUUCAUCAUUCACAGCUUUUGUUAAACGAGAUAGGGAUCAAAAAGGAUUUCCAUCGUCGUUUUGGGGUUUCCCCCCUGAAAAAGUUAAAAGCAAUUUUACCGGUCACGAUGAAUUGUGAAAAGGUGCCAAAGAUGUUAUUUGAUCAAACCAUUUGUUGCACCUUUGCGAGUAUUAAAUGACAUGGAUACAUGUGUGAUAUUUUAAUUUAAAUUAUACAAAUAAAAUUAUUUGA